AUGGUCGAAGCCGAGGACGAACGUGCGCUACGUCGUGAGCUAGAAGCAUUAGCAAAGAAACGCAAGACUCUUGACAGCACCAAGCGUCAAGAAAAUGGAGCAGCAAAUAGGGCAGGAAUAGGUCGAGGAAGUGUAUUUGCACGACUGGGUGGCGAGGUGACACGGAAAGGCCGACAGAGUUUGCAUCAAAAGGAGAAGAAUACGCGGGAAAAUGCUUCGUGGAGACUCGGGAAACGCAAUAAUGAAGACGUUCUAUACGGUAAUGCAGGGAAAAGACAGAAACUUCAUUCAGCAGUGACGAGGCCGGAAGGUGGUCACUAUUCUAAGGGAGUCGAGAUUGAAAAGAGUGCUGUUAGUGCUACGUCACCGACUGAGAACAAUACUUGUGUACAGGAGAGAAAACAACGUGCAAUGGCACCAUAUGCACAGAAAGAUGGUAUUGCACGCAGUCGACGUAUGUUUGGUGCGUUGAUGGGACAUUUGGGCAAAGCAAAGCGACAAAUUGAAAAGGAUACGGACUUGUUCAAACGUCAGGACACAAAGCAGCAGGAGGCAGAAGAGAGGGAGAAGGCACAGAGCAAGAAUCUAGAGCACCGAGCUCGUAUGGAGGCCAAGACAGCACGACUUGAGGCGUUGGUCGUACGCACUGAACUCGACCGUAGCGAGCAAGUUGCACGUGCCAAGCUGGAGCAUUUGCAGAUGGUCCGUAAGAGCGAAAGCCAAUCCAAGUUUCUGAUCACUAUUGCGUCUCCACCUAUCUACUAUCUUCCUUCAAAGCACACGAAAGAGACCAGAGAACUUGUUGCUGCGUCCAUGGAGGCUCAUGAAGCAAAGGAGGAGGAGGAAAUCGCUGAUGAGCAGGUAACGAGCGACAAAGAUGAUGAUACGAUGGAAGAUGGAGACCAAGACAUGGACCAUUUUCCCCAAGAGAACGAGGAGCAUCGACAGGAAAACGCCAGUGAGCAUGGCAACGGACCUCCAGCUAUGGCAGCCGAAAACAAGGAUGCCGCCCGGAAAAGUGUGUCUGGUAGCGAACCGGAUGACAAUAGCAUCACAGAAUCAAGGAAUACUGGCGGAGAGGCUCGCAAGGAUUCGGUUGAAUCAAAGUCUCAGAGCACAGCUAAAAAAGAACGAUCUGCUUCAUUCCAGGGAACUGCGGACGGUGAGGACGUGAGUCACAGCAACGCGGAGACUUUACCUCAUAGAUCUCUGGACGGUGAGGACGUGGGUCACAGCCACACGAAGACUUUACCUCAGAUAACUGCGGACGGUGAGGACGUGAGUCACAACGAUACGGAGGCUUCACCUCAGGGAACUGCGGACGGUGAGAACGUGAGUCACAACGAUACGGAGGCUUCACCUCAGGGAACUCUGGACGGUGAGGACGUGGGUCACAUCGACACGGAGGCUUUACCUCAGAUAACUGCGGACGGUGAGGACGUGAGUCACAGCGACACGGAGACUUUAUCUCCUAGUCGGGUGAAAGAAAAGUUAGAGCUCGGGCAGGAGAACCUGACACAGAACGACCAGCCUGUCACGACUGGUGUCCAGAGAGGGUGCGAGGAAGCAGAGCCUGCACGUGACUCCAAUAUCGCCACUGCUAAUAAUGAUGAUGAGACUGGUAUUCCCGCUGAUCCCAAAGAAAGUGCGGUCAUUGAUGUCGAUAAGAUGAGGGUUAUUGAGCUGCGAGCGGCGCUAAAGGAGCGAGGACUUGACACCAAGGGUCUCAAAGCUAAACUUGUGCAGCGGCUCAAGCACGCGAUGCAUGACGAAGACGAAUCCAAGUAA